CCCCCUCCCCGCGGGACUCCGGCGUCCCCGCCCCCCAGCGCUCCCUCCCCUCCCCUCCAGCAUGGUGCUCGCGGCCCCGCUGCUGCUGGGCUUCCUGCUCCUCGCCCUGGAGCUGCGGCCCCGGGGGGAGGCGGCCGAGGGGCCCGCGGCGGCGGCGGCGGCAGCGGCGGCGGCGGCGGCCGGGGCCGGGGCCGGGGCCGGGGGGGAGCGCGCGUCCGCGGCGCCCGAGCCCGACGGCUGCCCGGUGUGCGUGUGGCGGCAGCACAGCCGCGAGCUGCGCCUGGAGAGCAUCAAGUCGCAGAUCCUGAGCAAACUGCGGCUCAAGGAGGCGCCCAACAUCAGCCGCGAGGUGGUGAAGCAGCUGCUGCCCAAGGCGCCGCCGCUGCAGCAGAUCCUGGACCUGCACGACUUCCAGGGGGACGCGCUGCAGCCCGAGGACUUCCUGGAGGAGGACGAGUACCACGCCACCACGGAGACUGUCAUCAGCAUGGCCCAGGAGACGGACCCUGCGGUGCAGACAGAUGGCAGCCCUCUCUGCUGUCAUUUCCACUUCAGCCCCAAGGUGAUGUUCACGAAGGUACUAAAGGCCCAGCUGUGGGUGUACCUCCGGCCUGUGCCCCGCCCAGCCACAGUCUACCUGCAGAUCUUGCGGCUGAAACCCCUAACCGGGGAAGGGACUCCUGGGGGAGGGGGGGGAGGCCGCCGUCACAUCCGUAUCCGAUCACUCAAGAUUGAGCUGCACUCCCGCUCCGGCCACUGGCAGAGCAUCGACUUCAAGCAAGUGCUACACAGCUGGUUUCGCCAGCCACAGAGCAACUGGGGCAUCGAGAUCAACGCCUUCGAUCCCAGUGGCACAGACCUGGCUGUCACCUCUCUGGGGCCAGGAGCCGAGGGGCUGGUGAGCAGGGAGCCUGAGAUGGUGGCGGAUAUGUGUAACCUGAACCUGAGGAGCACCCUUUCAUGGAGCUUCGCGUCCUGGAGAACACAAAGCGGUCCCGGCGGAACCUGGGCCUGGACUGCGAUGAGCACUCGAGCGAGUCCCGCUGCUGCCGAUACCCCCUCACCGUGGACUUCGAGGCUUUCGGCUGGGACUGGAUCAUCGCACCGAAACGCUACAAGGCCAACUACUGCUCGGGCCAGUGCGAGUACAUGUUCAUGCAAAAGUAUCCGCACACCCACCUGGUGCAACAGGCUAAUCCGAGAGGUUCUGCUGGGCCCUGCUGUACUCCCACCAAGAUGUCCCCAAUCAACAUGCUCUACUUCAAUGACAAGCAGCAGAUUAUCUACGGCAAGAUCCCUGGCAUGGUGGUGGAUCGCUGUGGCUGCUCCUAAGGUGGGGGACAGAGGAUCCCUCCUCCACAGACCCUACCCCUAGAUCCCAGCCCUGACCCCCUUCCCCCACAGGCCCUAGAUCUCCCUCCACCUCUUCUCAUGAGCAUCACAUCUUGUUCCCUGCCCAAGCAGUGUGCAAUACAAUAGAGGGAGGCAGGUGGGGAUUGAAGGGUGAGGGGUUUGGGGGAAAAGGAGAAGAGGAGGGGACAGGUCAGGUGAGGAGUGUUUGAGGUUUGCAGGUGAGAAGGUUUCACAAGAAGACAGAGAGGCAUAGAGACAGAGGUAGAGCAGAGGGAUAGAGACAGGAGCACUAAGAGCAGCAGUGAGAAGGCGAAGGGAUGGAGAGGCAGGGGAGAGAGACUAGGCAGAGAUACUGAGGAAGAGACGGAAAGGGAGUAAUAAGAGAAGGCACCAUACCAAGCCUCCUUUCAUCCACGGGCAAGGUGAGGGGCUUGGUAUGUUCUGGGGAGACUCCCCGACUACCAUUUUCAAUAGGAAAGGAAAUCAAAAAAUCCAUUCUUAGUUCUUCUCUUUCUCUCUCUAGCAGUGGCCAGGGGAAAGGAAGUGAGAGCAGGAGCAAAAGUGAGGAUUUUGGAAUUUUAUUUAUUUAUUUAUUGUGACUUUUCAUUUUUUGGUAUUUGGCUUUACUGAAAUAGAAGGGCCCCUGUUCACUGUGCCCCAUUUGUCCCUUAUUCCCUAAACCCUGUCCUCCCUCAAUACCCACCUACUUAAGCACUUGUGUAAAGCCUCCAGGGUUGGGAAUGGGAGUAAAGGACAAGAGGGCUGACAUAUGGUGAAGCUUCCAAUCCAUAAUCACCCUACUUAAUUGACCUUCCUGAGCCAAAGGGGUGGAACUGAAUUCCAGCGGUCACGGAAACAGUAAGCGGUUAGGGUUUAGGAGCUGGGGGAGCCAGCCGUCAGCAUCCAGAAUCUAUGAGAGCCACUAAACCAACCCUCAGGUUCACCCUCAUAGUACUGUUAUUUACCCAGAGGGUGUGGUCUGUUUAGGCCCCAACUCCCUCCAGCCAAGAGAGAGACCAAAGAGCCUGUGGAAUGCCCUUGCUCCCAGCCUCUAUCUUCAGGUCAAUGAAGAGAGUAGAGAGAGUUCUGGGAAGGAUUAGGAAGGGUUAAGAAAGGAGUAGUGAGGAGGCUGAUGAUUACAAGGCAUCUGAAUCCAAAUUACUGCUCUGGGCUAAGGAAUAGAGCCAGCAGGCCAAGGUGGAAGGGAUUGGGGUGGGGGGGCAUUUUAGACCCUCAACCCCAAAGCUCAGGUUGGAAGUGGGAAGAAUAAGGGAGCAGAGUGUCUAUAAUUAUUUUUAUGUUUUAUUCUUGGAAUCUAGCAGUACCUGGCAGCAGGGAUAGGGACAAUACAGUGGUAAAAGCAUCUGACAAGGCCAAUUAGAGCAGAGGACGGGGACGGAGACUCCCCGGCUGGUUUAGAAGGCUGGGACGCAGGCAGGGAUUGGUUACCACUCCAAGUCACUAGCUGGGCCUAUUCAUUCCUCCCACAAUCCUGACCCACCCUUCUCUGGACUCACUGUGCCUCAGUUUCUUCCCCUCGAUGGAAUGAAAAAUAGCAGCACCCGCCACAGCCAAGAGAUGAAUUCUGAGCACUUACCACGGGCACUUUAUGGACAUAAAAUACCUCUCGCUGUGGGAUAACCAGGGCACCAGAGCAGUGGUGAAGAGAUGUGAGGCUUAGAGGAGUCGCAGGCUUGAGUACAGUUCCCCUCUGCCUCCCAGCUGGACAGUGCCUGAAGCCAAGGAGCCAAGAAUCUCCUGAUCCACACCUAUCCAUACCUCACCAUCAGACUUCUUGGCUCCAGGCAAGAGCCUAGAGGGUCAGGAGAGGAGGGGGAAAGAACCUUCAGUAAAAUUGUUAUCCUUAAGUAGAGCCAGUAGUGAUGGUUCUUGAUACAAACAGUACUGAACAAGGUUAAUCCAAGCUGGAGGGCUGACCAGGAAGGCUUGUUUUUCCCAAGAGCAUGACUCUCCCCCCUGGUCCAGCCAGUGGAAGGGGCAGAGGUUUGUGACCACUUGGGGAAGGCAGUGUUGGAGAGCUUUAGUAUCUUGUUCCCAUUCGUGUGGUGAAAGUGAGAUACGGUGUUUCAGUAUAGGAAUGGGCAGGGCUGUUAAGCGUUUCAACUCGCCUCCUUGCAUACAGCAGCUAUGUUAACCCCCAGGCUCUCCUCCCUGACUAUUCUUUAUCCUUCCUUGUGGCCCUAUCUUGGAGAACUUUUUCUCGGUGGAAGGAGAGGAACAGAGAAGUGAAGAACAGAAGAUGCCUUCUUGGCACUGGCUGGGGUUUGGCAAUAGGCAUCAAAUGAUUUCCCUCUUCAAAUUCUAUAGAGUUGGGGCAUCAGAUUUGGGGACACUUAGAAUAUGUCCCUUUACCACCACCACAUAAAGACCAUGGGGGGAGGGCCUUUCUCUUAUGAACAUAAAUCUGUGAGUUGAAGUCUCCUUUCCUUGGUCCUUCCCACUGCCAAAAAGGCCGGGGAGCAUAGCCCAGUGGCCUAGUGGGAACUAGCACCCCCCUCCCACCUUAUGAUGUGUGUGGACCUCACCAGUGCCCUCAGAUCAUAAUUAGUGUAAUUAUUAUUUACUUUGUGUAUUUGUUACACUGUGUGUGUGAUUGCCUUUGUUUGUUAAGGGUGUCUGAGGAGUAUGGGGCCCAAGGGCACUGGAAGGUCGGGAAAGGACUUUUUCACUGAGAUCAAGGAUUCCUGGAGGGAACCAUUGCAAAAAAGGCCAUCAGGCAGUUUUCAAGUUAUGUGACAGAGGGCAAAGAUGGCCAUAGGGUGCUCUGAGUUUUGGGAUGUCACAUGACACAAUCCAGCACUUGAACCUGAAAAAAGAAAAAUAAAAGCAGUCAAAGAAUUUAGAAUUCA